GUUGGCUGUCCGACUGUGUGUAAGUGAAGUGACAUGUAAAUGCAGAUUUUCCUCCGUCGGAGAAGCACACGUCGUCGUCGUUGUCCGCAGAAGUAACUUUCUUGUCCGCGUAAGUGAUUCCCCGAAAACGCUUGAGAGGAAAAGAUUCUCGGAAUACGUUCCGCCCCCUUCGUUGCGUGGGUGGUUGGCAACCCGCUGGCCCCCUGAAGGAAACUAUUUCAGCCGAAGUGAAAUCCAGCAGCUGCCAAAAUUGUGGUGACUCCACUUUUCUCUUGCUGGUGCUAGUGUGAGAAGUGCUGUGAAAAAUAAGUGGUGACAAAGCUUAACCAUCAGGAAGCGGAGAUCAAUUUGGUUCCAUAUUGUGCGUUUGAAAUCGGGGUGCUAGUCGUUCCGCCGGAACGAAUCUCGGGAUAAUGGUUCGGAAUGGAAAAUUAUCCACAGUGCUAGUAGUGAUUGCCGUAAGUUGUUUCGUGUUAGUGGCUAAUGGCUUUACGCUGAAAACGUCCGAAUCGUCUCCCGCUGGGGCCAUAAUCGAGGACGAGAGUUUCCUCCAGAGCCCUCGCUACGAGACGAACGAUGAAUUGCAGGAUUUGUUGGCCCGGCUCCAGAAGGACAAUCCGACCUUGGUGAAGGUGCACAGCAUUGGAUCGUCCCUGGAGAACCGCCCGCUGUUGGUCGUGGAAAUUAGACCGAAUAUCGAUCGGCCGAGGCCACUGCUGAUGCCCAUGUUUAAAUACGUGGCCAACAUGCACGGGGACGAAACAAUCGGUCGGGAACUGCUCAUCUACUUGGCACAGUAUUUGGUCAACAACUACGCCCAAGAUCCGGAGAUUGGGGCCCUGGUCAACAGUACGGCCAUCUUCCUGAUGCCAUCGAUGAAUCCGGACGGGUUCCAUCGGUCCAAGGUAAGGGGCGAUAAGAGGGGAUGUUACAUUUUCCGGUUUAUGGCUUUGGGGACUUCCAUAUUGCAUGUUUUUCGACGUCAGCUUUCGGUGCACUAUGGGUCAGAACACAAAAGUUCGCGUCAAAGUUCCUAGCCCUAGCGCACAAAA